AUGACCGUAAAACCCUCAACGACGGCGGGGAAGAAGUCCACAAAAGCAGAGAAGAAGGAGCACUACGACGGGAAAGUAUGUCGUCUCCUGGACGAAUACUCUCAAAUAAUUUAUAAUACACUUGAUGGAGAAGCUAAAAGAAGUGGCGGGUGUAUUUUUCACACAAAUACUUGA